AUGGGCCCGCCUCCAGAUUAUCACGGAAACCUCGUGGCGCUGGAAGGGUCGCCCGAAGUCGUUUCCACCCAACUUCGGCUCCUCCCAACCUCCCCUCAAAUUCUGGUUUUGCCAAGUAUUCAGAACUACAUCAAGCCCAAAUCUGACGAUACGCCAUUCGAUGCUCGCGCUUUCAUUCGAGAAGUCCACGAGGCCUCUACUAUCAGACGACAGCAAGCCCUAGACUUUCUUAAGAAGGCUACCCCUUCGCGCAAGAGACUGGUGUUCCUAAACGGCGGGACUGUGAGCGCGCACACCCUCUGUAUCACAGCUAUUCGACAACAGGAAGGCAUCGAAGGAUACUCCAAGGCGGAAGCAAUUUUUACAGAGCUCGUAAAGGACGGACUCGCAGGACUGGUGGGUCCUACGCCAAAUCCUAGGCAACCUGUAUCGGGCAAGGAUUCCCACAACGCUUACGGAUAUGAAGAGGUGGAGAUAGAAGACGCUUCGACUCUGGCUAUGAGGGCGGCGGAGGUCCUGGAUCAGGAGACCCAGUCCUUGCAGCCCAAUGAGCUGCUGGACUUGGACAAGACCAGGCCACGAAGCUUCAGUCUCCCGAGCGUCAGCGUGCUAAAACAGGCAGCAGCUGAGGACCUUGACCUGACGGUGACCGAUGCCCCAGUAGAAGGUGGUGCCUCGUCUCCCGCAACGUCUGUCGCGGGCCGUACGCGGCUCUUGGAGGAGGCCCCAAAGUUUCAGGCCACGCUCUGGGAUCCCGCAUGUUCGAAUACGCUGCGGAUGUCAACAUGUAGCAGUAUAGUUGCGACGUACGCCUACGCACCCAGCUACAAUCUGCCGCGCCCUGUCAAUGAGCUGGCAUGCCUGUCCCCCCUCCCCGAACUGCCUAUUGCCUCCCCGACAAGUCCGGGCAAUACUGUGAUUGAACAGGCCGAAAUCCUGGACAUGGCCCCAUUGGCCAAGGCAGCCUCGCUCAGGAGAGUGCGCUCACUUGACCGUAUGUUUCCGACUCGUGGCCUCAGUCUGAGGAUCAACGUUCCGACUGAAGGUGCAUCACGGGGUAUUACAAAUCGGAAGAGAGGCGAUGGGGAGGAUACACGCUGUUUCUCUUGGGUUGGAGUACCGGGACCCGACGUAUCAUCACGGCCCCGUCCCGCAAACCUCGAUCUCCGCCGGGCUGUUGUAUGCAAGGCCAACCAGACAACGAUUUCCCGGUCGGCGUCGCGCAGGAAACCAGAAACGAGCUUACGGUAUGUCGACAAGGGCACAGACGCAUUCGAUAUCGAUGCAGAGCCGGGUUCAAUACGCGGUACCGCGCAGCCGGUCUCGGGACCUGCUCUACCUUUCACAGAAGACCUCGUGAUACACUUCACGGGUGACGUGCACCAUCUUCUUUUUGAGUCAAUCAUGCAGGGCUUCAGGACCGGCGUAUAUCCAGUGGUUCCCAUCUCUAGCGAUGAGAGCUACGAUAUUCCAGACUUUCCAGCAACGCCAAGUACUACUGAAUGGCCCGCACCGUUGGUGUGGAAAAAAAGCGCAUCUGCCUCUGUUGCUAGUGCGUCCGAUGAAUACGAUCCAUAUAGACCACAGAGCGAGUACGCACGAGGACGGGUUAUCCCCCCCUCGAAAUUGGACGACUUGAGCAUGCCUGCUGUCAACCCGCCCACUCCUGCUCAAACACCACCUCCUCACACCAGGAAUCCCAGCGACAAGUUUCGAGUAUUGUCCAUUGGCAGGAAGUCAUCCAUCAGUGUACAGAAUGUAUUGCGUAGUGAACUUUCCACACACUACUCCUCGGACAAGCAAGGAUUUAGUCAACAGUUUUUGUCUACCCUCCCUGACAUGGAUAACCUUUGGCGACUGCUUUUCGAGGGUGUCACGGAACCCAACCGACCAAACCGUGAUAGCAAGAACAGCCUUGCAGGGAGCUAUAAAAAGCAUGUGGAUCUCGUCCUCGCCAUUGGCGCAGAUGAAGCUGUUGAGGAGGGCUUUUCUGCGUCGGUACUGGAGCAAUUGGGCAGAAUAGGAAACGUUUCGAUGAAUGGUGGUGUUGCAAAGAGCGGCCAUUUGAAUCUUAGGUAUCUGAUCGCCAAUGCUCUACGGCAGCCUCUGGAUCACACGCAGGAGGAUCCUCUCGGUAGUCCGAUGGUGCUGGCGGCCUUGAUCAUCCCGCACUUGGACAUGUACCUUGCCGCGCAUCCAGACGUCCGCUUCAUGAUACUAGAAUACCCUGCAAGCCAUUUACCAACCGUUCUAGCCAUGCAAAAGCUCAUGGGCGACCACAUUGUGCAGGUUGCCGGAAUCGUGCCGGAGCAAAAGCCACCGAGGCGUCGCGGUUCGAACCGGAGCAUUCAGGCAACGGCCCAGACCCUACAAUCCUUUACCAUUGCCAAUCAGACCAUCACAUUGGCAGGUCAUUCAGAUAUCACUCUCGCGGCAACGGCGAAACAAGAUGAGGUUUCCGCCUUCAUUUCCGAUAUUUGGCACACUCUGAUCGAUGCCAGUGAUUUUUACACAAUUGACCAGAUGCCCACCAAAACCAGCAAGAAGGAAUCCCGACCCGUCAGCUUUAGCCGGUCAGAACCGCCUUCAGGGGCCCUACCCCGACUUCCCAGUAGCUCCGUGGGCACGCAGACCGUCCCAGAGCCUCAGGGCCCGCCCGAGACCGCCAUGCCCUCGACUUCUACACGCCGUGGAACCCAUACCCGGCGCCGCUCGCCAUCCCCCACGCCGUCGACAAAGUCGCGGGCCUUCUCCAUUGCUUCUUUCCGCACUACCAAAACGGCCAAAAGCAGGGCCACACGCAGGAUAACUAUGGGCACGAUGGGCACAACAGGUGGCGGCGCCGAGAGCAUCCUAGACUUUUACGACCCGGCCGAGGAGAGCGACUACGACCUGGAGGAGAGGCGCCUGAUGCCUCUUUACAUGACACGUGGUCAGGUGCCCAGGAAGGCCAACACGCGCAAGGCUUUGAAGUGGCUAGGGCUGGCGUAG